AUGAGUGACGUUAAAGACCAAGGUGGAGAAACCAUCGAAUCGAAGACAGAUCAGACCAAAAAUUCGGAUUAUGAAGGUUAUUCUUCUGAUUUCGAAGAUAACGACAACAAUCAAAAGGAAUCAACUAAAAAUAACCAAGCAACACCUACUAAAAAGACCAACAAUGACGGUGAGAUCUCGAAUAAUAUCAAGAAUCUCAUAAAUCUACCUCCUCAGGGCAUCCAUAACGACCCUAAAAACAAUGAAAAUGUAGGUUCAACCGAUUCUGAUACUUCUAACAAUAAGGAAGAUUCUGAUCAAAAGCCAAAAGAGCCAUCAGAGCCUAAUACAAGCCGCCGCAGAAAGGCUAUAAGAACUAAUUCCUCCGAAGGAUCCGAAAACUCUGAUGAUGACGGUUCCAACAAAGAUCAAGGUACUGCAACCGAUAUUACAUUUGAAACAGAGGUUAACGAAAGUCAACUUGUCAGAAAAGGCGAUCGAGCUCCGAGAAGGCACAGAAGAGCAACCACAAAUGAUAUCGAUAACAAUAACGAUUACGAAGACAGUGCCGAUGUUGUUUAUAGAGAUUUUAACGGAUGUUCGAUUAUGAAUUAUGAUCCUAACGAUAAAUCAAAACCGAUCACAGAUAAGCUUACACUCGAGGCAAUCUCGAAUCUCUCCAUUUCCGAAGAUGAUAUCUAUUACCCAGACGAAAAAACAAUUUAUCAGUAUACUCACGAUCCUGUUCUCAUUCCACAUGUAAGAAGACAACUUUGUGAAAGAGUUGACAGAGUUAGAGCAUUUGUACAGCGCGAAUGCGAGCGUUUACAAAGAGUUCCACCUCCAGAUGUUAUUUUGGCCGCUAGAUCAGCAAAUUACAGCCAAUCAAGGCAAUCGCAACAAGCAAAGGAGAUAAAAUCAGGAGCAAGCUCUCGUAAGUCCUUUAUUGAACAAGAAGCAGAUCGUCAAGAUCGUCAACGCCAAAGGAACAUCAAAGAAGCAGAAAACUUAAUCGCUGCUAUACUCAAAGAGCAAAUACGUAACGAAGAAGACGAAAGACAAAGACAAAGGGAAGCUGCCGAAAUCGCAAGACAAAAAGAAGAAGUUAAACGUAAAAGGGCAGCAGAAAAACAAAGAAACCUUGAGAACCAACGCAAACAAGAAGAAGCCGAAAGACAAAGGAACUUAGAGAACCAAAUGAAACUCGAAAAACAAAGAGAAGACAUGGAAAGAUUCGAAAAACUACAAAAAGCUCGUGAAGAGAAAAGAAAGGAAGAAUUUGAACGCUUAGAAAUCGAGAGAAAGAAGAAGAUGGAAGCGGCAAAGGCAGCAGCAGAAAAGGCCGAAAGCGAAAAGAGAAGAAGAGCCGAUAUCCAAAGAAGAGAAAUCGAAGAAAGGGAGAGAAGAUUCGCAGAAAAGAGAUUACAAGAACAGAAAGAAAGAGAAAUAGAAAACGCAAGAUUGGCCAAAGAAGCACAAGAAAGACUUGAACAACUCAGGCAACAGCAACAAGACAUGAUUGACAGGAAGAGACAAGAAUCUGAUGCAAAAUCUCUCAGAACAGAAGCUGUUAUGAAGAAAUUCAUUGAAGACAGAAACGCAAAGACAUUGGAACUCAAACAAAGAGAAGAAGAAAAGCACAAGAAAGCUUUGUUCCACAUCCAAGUCACAGAACGGAAAAUUGCUGAGAGAAAGAGGAUGCAAUACAAGAUGAAUGAGAUGAAACACAAAGAACUCAUCAAUGAAAGAGAACAAAACUCUGCAAGACAAAGAGUUAAAAACGCAAUUUCGGAACAAAUUAAAUUAGAAGAGAAGAAACAACAGGCAGCAAUGAUGAACGCACAAAAGCAAGCAGAAGCAAGAGAGAAGGCAAGAUUAUACGACGAACAUAUGAAAGUUCUCGCAAGAGAAGAGGCAGAAAGAAGAAUUGCCUUAGAAAGACAAGAAAGAGCCAAAGCUGAGUUAGCAAAGAAGAAGGCUGAUGCUCAAAGAGGUGAUGCUCAAAUGAAGACUGCUUUGAAGAAUUCUAAUUCAGCACAAAUUACUGCAAUGGCAGAAAAGUGGGGAUUGGACAUCAACAAGAUCAGAGAAAAGCUUCUCAAUAAAACACGUGGCUCCAGCUCUUAUAAAUCUAUCAUGUCUACACCACAGCUCCCGACAGCAAAGAAAUCUCGAGAAUCUGAUGCACCAAUUGCAGCCAGAUCUCAAAGAUAUUUCGCUGAUCCAGGCAUGUAA